GCCAUGAGACAAAAUUCCUCGUGCGCGCGCCUUGCGUAUCGUGGUAUUAUUGUAUAGUUCGAUCGCCGCGGCGGUGUAGCAGCAGCAGCAGCAGCAGCAGGCAGCAGCGGAGCCAAGCACAGCGAAGCACAGCGCACAGCUCCUGGCAAAGAGUACGCUACACACUCUCGCGCGCACACACACGUACUACAAUACAUACGCUUGGGCUGUCGUUGCCAUUUUAUAUUAUAGUAGUGAGCGAGCGCGAGCCAGCAGCAGCAGUAGUAAGCGUGAGCCAGUAGCAGCUCAUCUUGUGCUCCGAGUGUGCGUGUGGUGAUAUUAUACGUGCAAGAGAGAAAAGCGAAAUUUUCGUAUGUGAUUUUCGGGACACACGCGCGUGUUUCUGUGAUACGACUUCGAUAUUCUACGUUAAUAUAUAUAUAUCGUAAAAAGUAUAAUGUAUAUAUAGAUAUAUAGAAAUACAUAUAUUUAUAAAUGCAUGAGGUGUGUGUAUGUGUGUGCGUGUGAUAUAUGGAAUACACGACAUAUAUGUAUUUAUAUACGAAUAUAAGUUGCGCGAUUCAGUGCUAGUGGAGUAUACAUAGAGAUAUAUAGAUAUACUACGUUGGCCGCUGCGCUAUCCGGCGUAAUAGUAUAUUCUUGAAGGUGCAACGACACCGUUCGUUUCUCCAAUUAUUCCUGGCGGCAUCGAGCGGCAGCUCCCCGUUACGAACGACCUAUUCGCACCCACGCACUUGGACGAUUCGAUGGACAGGAUGCUUCGCGUCGAUUAUCCAUAGAAACAGAACGAAAACGAUGGAAUCAGCCCCAGCUGUUCUCAUAAGUUUGAAUAAUCAACAAGUGAAGAAGACGAAGACGAGCGGUCAGUGGGAUAAAACAAUAUCGACGCUGCGCACUACUGAAGCGAUGGAAGAAGAGGCGAGUUCGCAUCGUCUAGUAGGAGCUUAAGUUUCCGGGGCCGUAUUCCAGGCAAUGGAAUCUUACGACCUCUUCGGCGACGAUGUCAGUGGUUCGAUGCUCGAAAGUCUCUCGGAGUCACUCGGGACUAGUGCAGUUGAUCAGUUUGAAGCAGCUAAUAAUAAUCCCUCAGCCAAUCGUCCAAGCAGCUCGGCAAAUGCGCCCAAUUCCUAUCAGUCGUACGUCGACCAGCAGUCACCCUUGCAGAAAUUGACUUCGUUCGGCGGCGGUCCUGCCGACUUUGCAAGCUCGCAACAGCAACAAGCAAGCGCCAACAGCGCAUUACAGGCGGCGCAGCAGCAGCAGCAGCAGCGCGCCAACAUGUACAAUCAAAACAUAGGCGGCUACGAGCCCAACUCGGGCCAGCCGCAACGCGGCAUGGUACCCGGACCGGGGCCCGGGCCCGGCCCGACCGGCUUCCCGGGCCAAGGCCGCUCGAUCGGUCCACCCACCGGCCCGGCGGCCGGCCAGCGCGGCCCGCCCCAGGGCUACCCCAGCUACUCCGACAGCAUGUACUCGAUGGAGCAGCUGCACAAUCCCAUGGCGGCUCGCUCGAAUCCCCAGGCGGCCAUGGAUCCAGCUGCCGGCAUGCAGAGCUGGCCAGGCGCGGCUGCGGCCCAGCAGGCCAAUGCCUAUCCCCAGAUGCAGAGGCACUACAAUCACAUGAUGCAGCCCCAGAGCGCUCCUGGUGGCUACCAGCAACACAUGCCCUACCAAGACCCCACUCAGGCCAGUAUGAGCCAGCAAAAGAUGCAGCAACAGCAACAGCAGCAACAGCAGCAGCAACAACAACAGCGUCAGCAGCAACAGCAGCAGCAGCAGCAGCAGCAUUACUCGACACAGCAGGGCAUGAUGUCUAGCAUGGGUGUACCGCACCAGGGUCUGCAGGGUAGCUCGGCUGCUAGUAACGCUGCUGCGACAUAUCAACAUAUGGUCGGCCAACAGCAACAGCAGCAGCAGCAGCAACAACAGCAGCAGCAACAGCAGCACUACCAGCAGAGCAGCGCCUCUAUGUAUCCGGGCUCGUCGGCUAGCUACAUGGGCUUCGGGGCUCCGAACAUGCAUCAGCAGCCCCAGCCCCCGCAACAGCAGCCCCAGCGAGUGCCUCAUCAUCAUCCGUCCCACUCCACCCACCAAACUCAUCCCUCGCAUCAGCAGUACCCGCCCAUGGUCGGUAUUCCUUCUACUACGUCGACGAAGAGCAAUAGUAGCGUCGGUCGCAAAAAGAAAUCACGCUCAAGUCGUUAUGCCGAUGUAUCGUUACAGGGACAGCAUGCGCAGCAGCAUCCGCAACACGCGGUACCGCAGCAGCCACAGACCAUGGAUACGCAGUAUUCCCAUCAUACUUCGCAAAUGUUCAAUCAACCGCAGCAUUCGGGGCCCACGCCGCAAUACGGACCCGCGAAGCAUGCGGCCCAAAGCCCUCAAUACAGGGCACCUUUUCCACAAUUAUCUCCACAAAUGUCUCCUAGGCCACAAAUGUCGCCUAGACCUCCUUCGGUGCCCCAACAAAUGUCUCCUCGACCAAUCAUGUCGCCCGCCAAACCGACUCUGUCGCCGCAUCCACAUGCACAGCUAACUCACCAGCAGCAAGCCCAAUCGGUUCCGAGUUCUCCUUGCCCGCCGACCUCGAUGCCAAUGGGCCCUGCUUCGGGUAGCCAACAAACGACCCUUCAGGCUCUCGAACAAAUGGUCAUGCCCGGCGUGUCCGUAUCGAAUCCGAAUGUACCAACGCCUGACUAUGGUCAAUAUCAAUCUCGAGGUGGAAUGCCUCACCUACAGAGCAGCUUGCCCCAGCCGCCUCAGAGUUCCAUGGGAACGAUAGGGGCUGGACCCCGAAUGCCCAUACCUUCUCUGUGGCCACCGACGCAGCAUCAGCCACAAGCACCACCCCCGCAGAUACGCCCUCCAAUGGGCAUGGGUGAUGGUCGUUCUAUGAUGGACCCGCUUCAACAGCAACAGCAGCCUCAUCCAUCUGUUGUGCCGACGGCUCAGCCUCAGCCAAUCGUAUCGGAACAGAGCACGCCGCUGUACCCUCCGCUCAAUGGCAGCGAGAGUCUUCACAGCGUCGUGUCACCGGUCGCUCAGCGAGAGCCGGCCGAUAUAGUUCCGAGCUCGGUACACUCGCACGUGCAUGCCCCACCGCAUCGCGUUGUGCCAGAAACUCAGGAACUACCUGAACAGACAAUGCAGAGCCAUCAGCAGCACAUGCAACAUUUGCAACAUCAAGUAUCGCCUCAGCAUCAAAUGCAUCCACAACAUCAGGCACCGCCACCAUCGGCCCAGUUGCAUCAACCACAUCAACAGCAACCUAGUCAUCAGAGCAGUCAGCUGAUGAGUGCCCAAGACUUAUUAAGCCAGCAACAGACGCAUGGCCACAGUAGUCCAAUGCAUAACACACCACAAGUCAACACACCGCUAGACUCUGCAAGCUCAGUAAAUCCGGCAGCACACAUGGAGCAGUCCGUUCCAUCAUUACCUGUAUCUAGUACACACAGUAGCGUCGAUAUGCCCUCGAUGCUGCAGCAACAGUCAAUGACUAGCUCGCUAUCGACGAUUCAAAGCGCGAUACCUAAUGUAGAAAGUAAGAUAACUGAUAAUGCCCCAACGAAUGACUCGAUGUCCGAUAUACAGUCAACGGCCUCGCAACAACCUAUAUGCCCCACUCCGCCAAUGGUAAGUCAGUCGCAAUCACUGAUGUCGUCCCAGUCGCCCAUUUCGCACGUGAACAUGGGACCAAUGUCUGGAAAACAGAGUCAACAGGAGCCGGCAUCGUUGUCUUCCAUGGUACCGCAGCAGCAACAAUCAACGAUGUCAUCAGUUCCGACACCGAUGAAUCAGCAGAUGCUUAUGGUACCUCAACAACCAACUCAACCGCCGAUGAUUCAUUCGCCUCAGUCUGUAUUGGCUCAAUCUGCACAGAACCCCAUGCAAUCACAAUCUAUAGCGGUGCAGCCGCAAGUCAACGUUUUAUCACAAAGCAAUACGACUCCAGAUAACUCGCCGCUUCAACCUCAAAUUCCCGAUCAAUCAAUGCAAGUAGCAACUCCACCGCAGUCGGACAGUCAGGGAUCGAAUCAGUCGGCUACGGUUGCCAGCGAAUCGCCCCAAGUCCCAUCCUCGACUGACAUACUUGAUCAGUCAACAUCGCUACCUGCUAGCCAGGAAGCUGAUCAAUCGAUGCAAGAUCAAAGUCAAUCACCUGAUCAAUCGACUGAGCCACAAAACCAAGUUAUCAGUCAACCGAAUCAAAUGCAGCCUCUUCCGCAGCAAAUUCCCGGAGUUAUGACACCUCUUGGCCAACAACCACCUGCCCCGGUCGGUCAAGUCGUUCCUACAACUGUACCAAUUCCUGGACAACAGCCUGGUUUCGGUGAUUUUACAAACGUGCCCAAGUAUCCGAAUGAUAUGGUAGUGGCAGGCCAACAGCCGGCACAGCAAUCUUAUCUUCCACCUGGCGAUACUAAUUCAAUGAUUAACAGUACCGGAAUGACGAAUCUUAAUUACAUGGCUCCAACGACAACACCAUCGAUAACGCCGAAUUAUACUAACCCUCUUGCGCCAGUCUCGCAUCAUCAAGAGAGAGCAGCACUACAGCAACAGAUACAGGAAUUGUUUUGCAUGCCAUCGACGCCCGAAGUGCAAGAAAAAACCGCAGUUUUGCAAGAUAAGCUCCAAGCGCUGCAGCAGCACGAAACUAACGAUCAGUGCAACGGAGGGCCUCAGUGCAUCCUUCAAACCCCGCUUUUCACGGCCCCAGCUAUCGUGGAUAGUCCGCAGGUGUCGAGUACUACUGGCCGUGGACGUACCAAGGGUACUUCCAAAGCUCGCAAGAGCAGGAAAAAAGCCGAAAAAGAAGCCCCGACACUCGCAUCAACGAUGACCUUGCCUGAACAACCAAUUUCGGAGAUGUUGGAAACUCCCGUAGAUAGUAGUAACAUUGUUGAUAGCGCUGCUGAUUCAAUUGAGGAUUUGAAGGCGUCUUCAGGAGGCGAAGGAGAGGACGAAUGGAGUGGUAAGGGUAAAAAAGCCAAAGCAGCGAGAAAGCGAAACGGGAAAUCGAAAGAGCCCAAAGAACCAAAAGAACCUAAAGUAAAGAAAGAUAAAGAAUCGAAAGCAGCAAAGAAAGAAUCGAAAGCCAAGAAAAAGAAAGAAGGCAAAAGUAAGAAAAAAGCUAAAGCAGGUUCUGGCGAUGACGAACCUAAAGGAGAUCACGAAGAGGUAUCGAAUUCCGAUUCGUUUACGGAAAUGAAGGCUGCUAAAGCUUCGUCAGAAGACGAUAACGAACAAGUUGAUUCUUCCACUAUUGAUCCGAUAGUUUCGGAAUCAAAAGAAGGAGAAGAAAAAUCUGAAGUUGAAAAAGUCGAUGAAGAAAAGAAAGAGACCUCGGAGGAUCAAACAGAGACUCCUGUAGCUAAAAAGAAAGCUCCAAGCCGUAAGAGGCCUAAUAAAAACGCUAUCAAAAGUCCUAGGAGCUCGAAAAAAAGGAAGAGUCGGAUUGCGCCUGAUUCAGACGGCGAAGAAUUGGCAAAUACUCCACCACCGUCACCUGAAGCUGACGAUAAUAAAAGACGUUCAGCUAGAAACACACAGCGCAAAAAAUACGUUGAUGACGUUAUGCUUCGCUUUUCGGACGAUGAGCUACCUUCUCAAGAUUCACAAGGUAAAAAAUCUGAUGCCACUGGCGGUGGCAAGACUUCGGCUGACAAAAAGACGGGUGAAGGUGGCGAUUUCAUUCCUAACAAGCCCAACUUUGUGUAUAUUAACACUACGGAUGAGGACUCGAUGGUUGUUCAACAUAUUCUUUGUUCCCGUAUGGGGAAACGAGAAGUUAAGCCUGAAAUCAAGCCGGAACCGGUAGAAGAUGUAAAGAAAGAAGAAUCGGAAGAUGUCAAAAAAACUGAAGACAAAGUCGAUGAUAAUACAGAAGAGAAAGUUGACGAAAAAACCGAAGAAAAAGCUGACGAAAAAGCUGAGGAAAAAACUGACGAAAAAACUGACGAAAAAACUGAAGAAGCAGUUGACGAAAAAAUUGAAGACAAAGUCGAAACUGAUAAAACAGAUGUUGAAGUAAAAGAUAAAGUAGAAAAUGCCGAAAAAGAAUCAGAAGCUACGGAAUCCGAAAAAACUUCAGCUGAAAAAGAGGUAACAGAUGAAAUUCCGACUGGAGUGAUUGAAGAAGUCAAGGAAGAAGUAACCCAAUCGACUGAAAUUGUGAAACCAGUAGAGGAAGAACAAAAGGAAGCUGAAAACCCCAAUGAAGAAAAUGAUGAAAAACCGGUUGAAGCUAGUGAAAAACAAGAAGAAUCUUCUGAGAAUGCUGUUGAUAAGAACUUGGAAUCUAAGGUUACAAGUGAAGAAGCCGUUAAGACUGAAGCAAUUGACGAAUCUGAAAAACAAUGGAUUGAAGUUGAAGAAUAUUUAGUAAAAUAUAGAAAUUUUUCGUAUCUUCAUUGCGAGUGGAGAACGGAAGAAGAAUUAUACAAAGGUGACAAGAGAAUACAAGCUAAAUUAAAAAGAUUCAAACAGAAACAGCAGCAGAAUAUGAAUAUUUUCGAAAAUACCGAAGAGGAUCCUUUUAAUCCAGAUUUUGUUGAAGUUGAUAGAGUUCUGGAUGAAGCAGAACACACCACAGAUCCUGCCACUGGUGAGACGGUCAGGCAUUAUUUAGUAAAAUGGCGAUCAUUACAGUAUGAAGAAUCUACAUGGGAAUUGGAAGAGGAUGUUGAUCCUGAUAAAAUUGAAGAAUUCCGUAGAUUUAACAAAGUACCACCUAAAGAUCAGUGGAAGCCAAAGAAAAAACCAACUCCAGCUCAGUGGGUCAAAUUAGAUGAAUCUCCAUUAUAUAAAAAUGAUAAUACAUUAAGACCAUAUCAGCUCGAAGGUCUUAAUUGGCUUUUGUUCUCUUGGUACAACAGUCACAAUUGCAUUUUAGCAGAUGAAAUGGGUCUGGGAAAAACCAUUCAAUCUUUGACUUUUGUAAAUGAAGUGUAUAAAUAUGGUAUUCGUGGACCAUUUUUAAUUAUAGCACCUCUUUCGACAAUCCCAAACUGGCAACGAGAAUUUGAAGGCUGGACUGAUAUGAAUGUAAUUGUUUACCAUGGAUCUGCUGCAAGCAGAAACAUGAUAUCCGAAUACGAAGUUUAUUAUAAAAACGAUAAAGGCCAGCAAAUAAAGGAUCUUAUAAAGUUUAAUGUUUUGAUAACGACUUUUGAAAUAAUUAUUACUGACUUCAAUGAGCUUAAGGGAUAUAACUGGAGACUGUGUGUGAUAGAUGAAGCUCAUAGAUUAAAAAAUAGAAAUUGCAAAUUACUGGAGGGUCUUAGACAACUGAAUCUUGAACACAGAGUUCUUCUUUCGGGAACUCCUCUACAAAACAAUGUAAAUGAGCUUUUCUCGCUAUUAAAUUUCUUAGAACCAACACAGUUUGCAAGCAGUGAAGCUUUCUUAAAUGAAUUCGGAAAUUUAAGCAGCGAAGACGAAGUUAAAAAAUUACAGGUGCUUCUUAAACCUAUGAUGUUACGUAGAUUGAAAGAAGAUGUCGAAAAAUCCUUAGCACCCAAACAGGAAACAGUGGUUGAAGUUGAAUUAACUAACAUUCAGAAGAAAUAUUAUCGCGGUAUUUUAGAAAGGAAUUUCUCUUUUCUUGCUAAAGGAACGACAUCUGCGAACAUUCCUAAUUUGAUGAACACUAUGAUGGAAUUGAGAAAGUGUUGCAUCCACCCAUUUUUACUCAAUGGUGCUGAAGACCAAAUUACACUGGAUUACAAACAUUUGAAAGAGGACGCAGAAGCAUAUUAUCAGGCACUGGUCAACAGCUCUGGUAAAAUGGUUCUCAUUGACAAAUUGUUGCCAAAAUUGAAAGCUAGUGGACACAGAGUUCUGGUUUUCAGUCAAAUGGUCAAAUGUUUAGAUCUACUCGAAGACUAUCUUGUAUAUAGAAAAUACCCAUACGAAAGAAUUGACGGCCGAAUUCGAGGAAACAUUCGACAAGCCGCUAUUGAUCGAUUCAGCAAACCCGAUUCUGACAGAUUUGUAUUUCUUUUAUGUACUAAAGCCGGUGGUUUAGGUAUUAAUCUUACAGCCGCUGAUACAGUAAUUAUUUAUGACAGCGAUUGGAAUCCUCAGAAUGACUUACAGGCGCAAGCUAGAUGUCACCGAAUUGGUCAACAAAAACUUGUAAAAGUGUACAGAUUAUUGUGUCGCAAUACUUAUGAAAGAGAAAUGUUCGAUAAAGCUUCGUUAAAACUUGGUUUAGACAAAGCUAUUCUUCAAUCAAUGAAUACAAGUCAAGGUGGUAAAGAUCCUAAUAAUAAAGCCCUUACAAAGAAGGAAAUUGAAGAUUUGCUCAAGAAAGGUGCUUACGGUGCCAUCAUGGAUGACGACAACGCUGGCGAUAAAUUCUGUGAGGAGGAUAUCGAUCAGAUUUUGGCCAGAAGAACACAGAUUAUUACCAUCGAGCAAGAAAAAGGAUCCACUUUCUCUAAAGCUAGCUUUGCAUGUUCAGGUAAUCGCUCGGACAUUGCCAUUGAUGAUCCCGACUUUUGGACAAAAUGGGCUAAGAAAGCCGAAAUCGACACCACUGAGAAAAAAGAAGAAGAAGAUCUUGUACUUUCGGAGCCUAGAAGAAGAACUCAAAUCAAGCGAUACGGUCACGAUGAGUCCGUGGUUGAUAUGUCCGAGCUGGACAGCUCUGCCGAUGACAGCGAUGACGAAGGUGGCCUAUCGGGCAGACGAAAAAAUCGAGAUAAGCUUUCAAAGAAAAAUCGCAAAUUUUACGAAGAAUACGUACCUCGAGAAGGUGAAGUCGUCUACGGAAACUGGGCUCGAAGCGAGUGCUUCAAGGUUGAGAGAGGUCUUUUGACUUUUGGAUGGGGCCGUUGGGAUGAAAUUCUCAAGCACAGUCAGCUGAGACGCGGUUGGCGAGAAAUUGAUGUCGAAGACUGUGCUAGAGUCAUUAUUCUGUAUUGUCUGCGAUUCUAUCGUGGAGAUGAAAAGAUCCGUGCGUUUAUUUGGGAUCUUGUCACUCCGAUCGAAAAUGGAGAAAAAAUUAAAACGAUAUCGAGCGCUCAAGUUGCCAAUAAUAAACAAAGACAACAACAGCAGCAGCAGCAACAGAAAAAGAAGAGUAGUCGAGUUCGCGAAACGAGGGGAUCAACCUCAGCUGCUACUACAGCGAGCAACAAUGGUCUUCAAAUGGAACCUAAUCAUUGGAGCAACGCUGAAAAGUACGACGGCGAUAUAUUCUUAGAGAGCACCUAUAAAAAGCACCUUAGUCGACAUGCCAAUAAAGUUCUUCUGCGAGUGCGGAUGCUUUAUUACAUUAAACACGAGAUAAUUGGGGAUUUGGUUCAACACAUCAAUGAUGGCGUACAUAUAAGUGCGUUGCCGCUAAACCUCCCACUAAUGCCCGAGAAGCCAGUCAAGUGGUGGGAUGCCUUAGCCGAUAAGUCACUAGUGGUCGGCUGCUUCAAGCACGGAUACGAGAUGUUCGACCUCAUGAGGAGUGAUCCUACGCUUUCUUUCAUACAAAGCUGUCCUCUCCCUUCCGCAACUACUACUACUACUACUACUACCAACACCACCACCACCACUACCGCCACUGCUACUACUACUAGUACCGCUAGUACCAACGAGAAAGCCAAGGACGAACUUGGUAUGGACGUGGCCGAGCUCGAAGAAGGCGAGGCUUCGGGAGUUGCUGAUUCCCCGGCUACUGCCAGCAAAACAGCAGAUGCCACACCGGCAGACGCAGCUGCCACCGCUUCAGCCAGCCUGAGUCAAGAUGGUGUUGAAGUUAUACCCGUGGAAGAUGACAAGACUUGGCCAUCUAGCGUCGAUCUUAAUACGCGACUUCGUCGUAUUAUCACAUCUUAUCAACGUGACGUUACCAAAAAAGAAAAUAUCAAGGCUCAUCAGCAGCAGCAACAACAACAUCAACAGCAGCAACAGCAGCAACAACAACAGCAGCAGCAACAACAACAGCAACAGCAACAGCAACAGCAGCAAGCUGCUUUAGCCAACAGCGUCAAACUUGGUCAAGAUAUCAAGAUUGGAAAUCACCAAGGAGCACCUACUCUUGAUUCCAUGCAAAAUUGGGAUUUACAGAAAUUGGCUAUGUAUCUUCUGAAAAUUGAGAGAAAGGACAAGUUUGAUCAACUAGCCAAAGAACGAGAACAAAGAGCUCGGAUUGAAGAGUAUAAAGCCAAAUGGACAAAACGGGAGGAGAACGAGUUUCUACGCAUUGUAUCUACUUAUGGCGUCAACUACGACAGAAAGAAGAUGCAAUAUGACUGGGCUAAAUUUAAAACCCUCGGCAGAUUUGAUAAAAAAAGUGACCAUGACUUAACUGACUACUACUUGGCUUUUAGAGCUAUGUGCAAAAAAGCUUGUAGCCUUAAGAUAAGUGAAGAGGAAGCUGGUGGUGCUGACAUUCCAAUUGACCCUCUAAAUCCAGGCAGGGCAAGACGCAUAUUAGAUCGAAUUGACUUGCUCAGUAAAGUAAGGGAGGAAAUACUUACCCAUCCUCAUUUAGAGGAACGACUUUCAUUAUGCAAACCAUCUGGUGAUACACCAGAUUGGUGGCAACCUGGCAGACAUGACAGAGAACUCUUACUUGGUGCUGCAAAACAUGGCUUAGGACGAACUGAUGUAACUAUCCUCAACGAUCCAGAAUUUUCAUUCUCUAAAAUGCUUAGCAAGAGUAUGAAUAGACAAAAGCAAGAUCAAAUAAAUAUGGAACUGGCUGAAAAAGCAAUAAAACUGGAUAAUCGAGAAGAUAUUUUAAAAUUCGACAAAGACGAAAUAUUGGUCAAGCUUGAGAAAGGUGAAGGUACUCUUAAAAUUGAAAAAGUUGGAAUUAAAAAAGACGUGGAUAAAAAACCUGACAUCAAAAGUCAAAUUGAAUUAACUUUGGUUAAGUCUGACAGUAAAAUUGAAGAUUUACAAACUCCAUCAGGUUUGACAAUCACACCUAUCAUUAAACCUCCUACUCCUGAAAAAGAACAGGAUCCUGUUAAAACAGAAAUAGAAGAAGAUACAAAACAAACAAAAGAAAAGACAGAAAAACCUGCUGAGAAAUCUGUAGACGAUAAAACUAAUGAACUUGAAAAGGUACAGCCAUCAACUGACAUUGAAGAACAGGAUAAACAACAAGAAGAAGAAAAAGCUGGAAAUGAAAAAGAGGAAAAAAAUGAAGAUCUUUCCACUGAAAUAGAAACUUCUGAAACUAAUAAAGAAAAAUUAGUUGAUGACGAGGACAAGAAGGUUGAAAAUGUCAAGGAAGAAGAGAAAAUGGAAGUUGACGAGCCUAAUGAAAGUAAAGAAAAAGAUAUAGUUCAGCAGAAAAGUGGUGAAGAGCAAAAAAAUGAGAAAGAAAUUGAUGAAGCUGAUAAAAAGAUUGACGAAAAAGAAGAGAAAGCAGAUAAAGUCGAAGUAGGAGAAAAAGGAGAAAAAGAAGAAAAAGAAGAAAAAGAAGAAAUAGAAGAAAAGGAAGAAAAAGGAGAAACAGAGGAGAAGGAAGAAAAGGAAGAGAAGGAAGAAAAAGAAGAAGAAAAAGAAAAAGAAAAAAGUACAGAAGAAAAAGAAAAAGAAGAAGGUACAGAAGAAAAAGGAGAAAAAGAAGACAAAGAGUGCUCGAUCAAAGACGAGGCAAAAACUGAAUCUCACUCUGAAGAAAAGAUGGAUGUUUCAGAAUCUGAUGUCACUGAAAAACCCAAAGAAGAUAUCAAAGACUCUGAAAAAAAUGAUCAAAAAUCAAUCGAUGAGAAAGCUGAAAAAAAAUUAGAACCAGAUGAAGAUAAAAAAGAAAAAGAAUCAGAAAUUGAAGAAGAACCCAAGAAGGAUUCUAAUGAAAGCGAAAAAGUCAAGGAGCCAGGGAAGUCUGUUGAAACUGUUGAACCUGUAAAGCAGACAGCGGCGGCCUCAAAAAUUGAAGAUAAAUGCAGUAUGCAAGCUGCAGAGUUAAAGGCUAUGUUCCCAGAUCUAGAAGUUAUUCAGCCUCUGUCCCGCUUGACGCAAAUUGACACGUUCGUUGUAAGGGAUAAGGGACAAGACUCACCAACUGUUGCUCAGCUUUUGUCUCAUGGCUAUCCUUCUUCCAUCAAAUGGCCUAAAGAGCAUGCUAUUGAAGCUCGUUUGAUGCAUAUUGUUCACGCUAUUGAGCACAAAGAGUGGCCAGUUUCGUUGAAUUUUACAGCUGGCGAUGAGAUGGAAAUCGAAAAAGAACAAUCCGAGGUCAUUACCAUCACCACGGAUCAUGGCAUUCCUCGACACAUGCCAUCAAAUCUAGGCAAUGUUAUGGGUUCCAAUCCUCUUAUAAAUUUCAAUUUUAUGAAUCCCAAAGUUAAUAAGGAUACAAACGUCAAUAGUGUCAGCAAUAAUGCAUCAAAGAAGCGGAAAAGACAUAUUGCUAUUGAUGUCGAGACAGACAGAGCCAAACUGCAUGCGUUACUUAACAGUAGCCAUACAGUUAGUCAACCCCCACCAGCACUAAGCAAACCAAGUCUGUCUUCAACUAAUUGGGACUCCAAAGAUGUCGCAGAUGAGAACAGAUCUCAACCUCCUCCAGCUCAUCAACAUAUAAGAACACCAUCCAUACCAUUUGAUUUGAAAUACACUGGUAAGACGACGAUAAUUCCGGGAACAUCUAGUACAUUGACACCAAUCGAUCUUUCAUCAGGAUUUUCAGUGAAACCAUCUACUACAAAUAAACAAGAUAUGUUGAGUGAAGUUCAAGAUUUCUCGAUGCCAACUAGAGAUAAACAAUUGAGUAGUAAUAAAGGGAAACUGGAUAGCAUGUUGGACAGAAUCGUUAAAAGGAAAAAUAUUACUUUGGAAGAGCCCCAAGUAUCUGGCAUGGGUAAGGAGAAGAAACGCCGGAAGCUUGACGAAAUCGUUGGAGCCUUACAGCGCGGAAAAGAACAACAAAGUUCUCACUAUCCCGAGCAUAGUAAGAAGAGCACAAUCAUGCCUAGUGUUACUGUAACACCUACUUCAGCUCCCGUAGGACUCCCGAAUCCACCAUCGUCGUCGCAGAAACCGUUUUCUAUCACUGUGACAUCCAUUCCAUCAUCGAGAGUAUCUGGAAGUGGCUCUUCUUCGAAUCAACAACUGCCACCUCCGUCAAUGCACUCGCACAAAGACAGUUUCUCGGCUUUGCUUGCGCAAGCUGAACAGCAAAAUAGAGACUAUGUCAAGAAGCAACAGCAAUCACAUCAACUACAACAACAAGCAGCUAUGAACGCAGCACAUGCAUCAUCUUCGGGUCAUAGAAAAUCCAGCUACGAAUCUAUGUUCGCUGAAAUCAACAAAGUUCAAGAGUACUCAAAGAAUCUUGGAGCUUAUUCGCAUGAAGCUAAAGUUAAUAAAUGGCUGGCGGAACAAACUGCGCUUACAGAACAGUUAAGCGCCGAAUAUCUCAAUGCUCCAAGACGUAGGAGGCCGCGAGCUGAUCCAACUUUGCUUGAUUGGAAAAAGGUAACCGGCGAAGAAAACGUACCUGUGAUACAUAAAGCAACUGGCAAAAAGGUAACUGGAAAUAAAGCUCCUCAAUUGAAGCGCCUUACGCAAUGGUUGAACGAUAAUCCUAUGUAUGACGUUGAUCCGAAGUGGGCAGAAUUGGUCAAAGAUCGCGGACUUUUACCGCAUGAACAUCCAAAGAGAACUCAGGCUCACGAGCGAGAACAAGAAAAAAAUAAAAAUGCUGGUCGGCCCCCGAUGAUGCCUAGUCCUAAUAGUCAACAAUCGCUCAAUCAAGCAAAUCUCGCAGCAACUUCGAUGGCGGCAGCAGCAGCAUCUGGUCUCAAUUUCCCUGGUCUUGGCAACCUUAACAAUUCGCUUUUGCAAGGUCUAUCGUUGGGAAAUUUUGACCCUAAAAAUCCUCUGCUGAUGCCGUUUGGUGGCAUUCCAAACAUGGGAGCUCUUGGGAAUCUAGGAAAUCUUGGUAAUCUCGGCAACAUGAAUCUCACGAACUCAAUCUUUGCCAACUUAGCGGGUCUAGGUUUGCCAGGAUUAGCAGGGAUGGAAGCAUUAGCUGGUGCAGCUGGACAAGCAAGUAGUCGAUCAGAAACUAAUGUUACUGCAAGCUCACCUAGCACAAGAAAUUCAAAUUCGUUAAAUGCUACUCCAAGUACAAGCAAAUCUCGUACUAAAAUGGAACCUCCUAAGUCAACUCCAUCGACAUCAACAUCGUCGUCUAUGGCAAACACUUCAUUCCCGUUCUUGUUUCCUAACCCAAGUCUACUUUACACACCACUUGGUCUUAGUAGUCUGAAUCCGUUCGGCAUGCAACCUGGUAGCGUAUCAUCAGCAUACGAAAGUUUAGCUCAAUGUGGUUUGAUUCCACCAACAUCUAGUGCUGGUGGAACUUCUGGGAGCUCGUCACGAAAGUCUACAACAUCGAGUUCAGCAGCUGGCGGCUCCUCAUCCAGACACGCCCGUAGCGUCGCUGAAGCGUUGAAGCAACGCAGCGAGGACGCGAAGAAAGCGCAGUCUAGAUAUCCCGUGCUCGAUCCUUCGAUGAUGAAUCUUCAGCAGUACACCGAAGCGAUGCAAGCUGCAGCUGCAGCCGCCGCCGCUGCUACUGCUAAGGAAAGACGUCGUUCGGAUCACCAAGAAAAAAAACAUCAUCCAGUAACCGAGACUAUUGACUUGGGAGAUAUUGCCGACCUAUCAGCAAGAUUAGAGCGUAAAGCGAAAGAUCAAGAGAUGAAAGAUGUGCUGGAGCAGUUUAAUCGAACCAGUGCUGAGCUCUUUUCGCGAAAUCUAGAAAAUUUGCAGCAACACAAAAAACUGCGAACACCCGACCGACAUAGUAGUCAUGAGCCUCAUGUACCACCUUUAAAUGAAGUGACGUUUGAACCGAUUCCUAAAAAAGCGAGAACCGAACAUCAUAGUCGAGAUAAUGUACUUGAUCCACAAUUACUGCCUCCACCAGCUAGACCACCAUCGAGGCCGUCAAGGCCCGCUUCUUCAUCGUCGCACAGAGAAUCUCAUCCAUCGCGUUCGCCAACGCCUAAAAUUGCUGCGACCAUUGAGCCGGUACUAUUACCCGAAGCACUAACAGUUCCUGUGCGUAGUCCAACGCCACCACCCGUGGUAACGACGCCAAUUGCGCCAGCAACUGCUUCGAGUCAUCAUUCGGAUCCAAAGCCACCUCCUAGUCCAGAGCCCAACCAGUCGUUAAAUACGUCCAACGAGAGCCAUAAAGAAGAAACUAUGGAACCAGCAGCUUCUCUUGCCUCGUCUGAAGAAAGUCAAGGCUCACUGAGUAAAGCUGAAAUGAAACCCUCUGAAACUGAAUCAGAAGAGGCCAAAGCAACGAGGAGCAAAAAGGCCAGAAGUGCCAAGCGAGGACUGUUACCUCCAGAGCCACCCAUUGAAAGGAAAAAUCUGCGCUCGAGUGCUGGUAGACAGGCUAGGGCAGCGGCUGAGCGGCAGGCCCGUAGUUUACUGGAAGAAGAACUUCAACAACAAGCUGAACGAGAACGAGAGGCACAAGGCUUGUCGGAGUAAAGACGUGUUAGUGCAUUUUAAGUGUCUGAGUGUUACACAAUUAGAACUGCUUACACAAAAUCAGUCUAAAUAACCCCUCUCCUCCUUAUCUCCCCGUAGUUUUUAAGAGUGGAUCCACCGAUAAAAUUUUUGACAUUUUUGAAGAAAAAAUUGUGACUGUAAUAUGAUAAGAUUUUUUAAAAUAAUUUUUAAUAUUAAGUAUAGUGAGAUCGAUGAAUUAUUAUUGAAAAAUAAGUACACGAUAACAAUCAUGCAACGGGCGAUUGAAAUAAAUUAUGAUAUUGAGACAAUGGAAUCUUGUAAAAGAAGAGCAAACGAUGAGAGCUAUGCAUAAAGGCGGGCAAUAGUAUUUCGAGACAUGAUACUACUUUAUGUAUGGUAACCAUCGUUAAAAUAAAUAUAUCAUAGCUUUAUUAUAAAUUUAAUAAGAUCAUUAUAAUUUUGUUAAAAAAUUAUCUUGUCUUUUUGAUCCUAUUGGUUUUUUUCACCAAGGACUGUUUUUGUAUAACUACUACUAUAUUAACAAGUAAAUAUCAUAAGCAUAAUAACGUCAUCUUAGUAUGAAAGACAAGAAAGCGUUAACUAUACAAAAUAACUUUGUUAUUAACAAAAAACUGUAAAUAUUAUACGAUUCGCGUAGAUAAUAUGAAAAAUCGUGUACUUUGAAAAUGUAUAUAAAGCAGUGUACUUUUAAUGAUAUAAAUUAGGUCAAAAAUAUUGGCUUUGUUUUUUUUUUGUUGCAACGAAGCAACGCAAAUUUUUCACUUAAAUCAACGAAUAGAUGUUUAUUAAAAACGAAAAUUUAUUUGAAUAUUCAAACACAUCUUGAAAAUUGUCUGUAUAAAAAGUUACAUUAAAUCCUGUUAAAUGUAA